AUGGCUGUGUACUGGUACCCCGUGGAUAAUGCUGGUUGCCCGGGAGACGGUGCUCAGAUUGACAGCGGCUGCAGGAGGAUGCGGCCGUGGGUGCCGCUGGUGUACAGUUGCUUCCAGACUCUCCUCCUGCUCCACCAGGCGCUGCUCAAUGCAGGUCAGUCAAUGCACCGACACCGCGCAUUGCAUUGCCCUGGCCUGGGCGGAUUGUCGAGAUUUAUACUGUUUUCUGUGUUUCAUUCAGGUCUAGGGGUCAACGAAUAUUUAUAUUUCCAAGUGCUGAGCCCUGGAGACAUACGCUACAUCUUUCAGACUAAUUUGGCCAAGGACUUUGGAGGUAUUUUUCACACGAGGUAUGAGCAGAUCUAUCUGGUUCCUGCUGAGCCACCCCACGCCUGCAGUGAUUUAAACAAUGGCGCCUUCAUUCAGGAUCAGAUUGCCUUGGUGGAGAGAGGGGCCUGUUCAUUCUUGUCAAAAGCUCGCGUUAUCCAGGAGCACGGUGGCAGAGCAGUGAUCAUCUCGGACAACAUGUAUGACAACGACAACUCCUAUAUUGAGAUGGUGCAGGAUGGUACGACCAGGGACAGUGACAUCCCAGCACUGUUCCUCCUCGGGAAGGAUGGGUACAUGAUCAGGCGAUCUUUGGAGCUGCAUGGUCUCCCGUGGGCUGUCAUCUCCAUCCCAGUCAAUGUGAGUGGGAUCCCAACAUUUCAGCUCAAACAGCCACCAUGGACCCUCUGGUGA